GCUUUAUUUACAGGGGCAGCAGAAGGUGACCAUCACUCUGGCAUUCUCCAGUGUGAUUUGAAUGAAGUAUCCUAAAGGAAAGGCUCUCUCCAGUCUUCCCAUCCACAGGCCUGGACAAGAUGCCAAAGCAGGAAAAUGGCCAAAGGGAAGAUUCUCUCAUCCAGAAUGACCUCAGUGAAUCAUUUGAAGAAGAAGUUAGAGCCUUCCUCGGUGAUGAAGAGAAACUGCAUCUUUUUGACGACCUCACAAAAGUGAAUCCGGUGACAACCAGGACAGUUCUGAAAUGUCUUCAAGCAAGAUACAGAGUCAACCUGUUCUAUACAAAUGCUGGCUGCAGUCUGGUGGCUUUAAAUCCUUUCCAGCCUUUCUCCUGCCUCUACUCACCUGAGCUCAUGAGGGAGUACCACAUUGCACUUUGUCCUCAGGAUUUAAAACCUCACAUCUUUGCAGUGGCUGAGCAAACCUACAGGAAUGUCCAAAAGCAGAUGGACCCUGUGAACCAGUCCAUCAUUGUGAGUGGAGAAAGUGGUGCUGGGAAGACCUGGACCUCUCGCUGCCUUAUGAAGUUCUAUGCCUCUGUUGCUGCCUCAGUUAUCUCCCCAAAAGGCACCAAAACUGUGGAAAGGAUAGAGAGGAGAGUGCUGGAUUCCAACCCUGUCAUGGAAGCAUUUGGGAACGCCUGCACCCUGCGGAAUAACAACAGCAGCAGGUUUGGGAAAUACAUCCAGCUCCAGCUAGACAGAUUCCAUCAUUUGACUGGUGCUUCCAUCCAGACUUUCCUUCUGGAGAAAACAAGAGUUACCUAUCAGGCCCCCAACGAAAGAAACUUCCAUAUUUUUUAUCAGAUCACAAAAGGUGCUUCUGCAGAGGAGAGGCUGGAGUGGAACCUUCCAGAAGGGGCCGAGUACCGCUGGCUGCCAAAUUCUGAAAGUGACUUAGAUGAGGACUGCUUCGAGGUGACCAGAGGGGCAAUGUUCCACCUGGGCAUCGGCCGCGCCACGCAGAGCAAUAUUUUCAAGGUGUUAUCAGGCCUUCUGCACCUCGGGAAUGUUCAAUUCUCUAAUCCAGUGGAUGAAUCUCAGCCUUGUGAACUGGAAGACAAAACCAAAGAGUUCGUGAAGACCACGGGGGAUCUGCUCCAGAUUCCCAUUGAGGAACUCCUGGAAUCUUUAAGGAUUCGAACAAUCACUGCUGGAAAACAGCAGCAAGUGUUCAAGAAGCCAUGCUCCAGAGCUGAGUGUGAGACCAGGAGGGACUGCCUGGCCAAAGUCAUCUAUGCCAAGUUGUUUGAGUGGCUGGUUUUGGUGAUAAAUGAAAACAUCUACACAGAUCCCUCAGUAUGGACCAGCUUUAUAGGUUUGUUGGAUGUUUAUGGGUUUGAAGCUUUCCCUGAAAACAACUUGGAGCAGCUCUGUAUUAAUUAUGCCAAUGAGAAACUGCAGCAGCACUUUGUAGCUCACUACCUGAAGGCACAGCAGGAAGAAUAUGUAGCUGAAGGCCUGCAGUGGUCAUUCAUAAACUACCAGGAUAACCAGAACUGCCUUGAUCUCAUAGAGGGAAAUCCCCUCAGCAUUUUUUCCUUGCUGAAUGAGGAGUGUCGUCUGAACAGACCCUCCAACACUGACCUGUUCCAAACCAGGAUUGAGAAAGCCUUGUCCAGUAAUCAGUGUUUAAGUCGAGAUAAGUUCAGUAAGAAGCCCAACUUUAUCAUUUCCCAUUAUGCUGGCAAAGUCUGCUAUCAUCUGGCAGCAAUGGUGGAGAAAAAUAAGGAUGCUGUUCCACCAGAGCUGGUCCAUGUUUUGCAGAACUCAAAGGACCCUUUGCUUCAAAAAUUAUUUCCUGUGAUGGAAAAGAACCAAAAUAACACCAAAACCCAGAACAGAGCAGCUGUUGUUACAGUGGUGUCCAAGUUCAAGAGCUCCCUGGAACACCUGAUGGAGAUUUUGAGCAGAACCACACCCCAUUACAUCCGCUGCAUCAAGCCUAACGCUGACUGCAAGGCCAUGACUUUCAGGAGAGAAGAGGUUCUCAGCCAGCUCCAGGCCUGUGGAAUAGUGGAAGCCAUCAGCAUCAGUGCAGCAGGUUUCCCAGUCAGGAUCCCUUUCCAAAGUUUCACUGAGCGCUAUGAACUAUUGAGAAAAUCCUGGGGCUCCAGUAAAAAGAGAGUGUGGGAUAAAAGUAACUUUCAUCCUGCUGAGAAAAAAGGUGAGAUUCCAGUGAUGGGUGAUGACAAAGCACCACGUGCUGCUGUUCUGGAGAUCCUUCAGGAUGCUGUUAGGGAACAAACCCCUGCUCAGGAAACAGGGGAUGGAGCAAAAAUCCCCUCGGUCUACUGUGGUGAAACCAAGGUGUUCCUGGCCAAUUCCAUGCUGGAGCUCCUGGAAGCCAGGAGAACAGAGGUGUUAAAUGAGAAGGCAUUUUGCAUCCAGUGCUGUUGGAGAAGAUUUAAAGAGAAGAAAACAGCAAAGAAGAAACGCUCUGCAGCUCUCAUCCAAGCAGCUGUUCGCUCCUGGCUAGCCAAGAGGCGCUUCCAGAGGGUGCGCAAGGCUGUCAGCGUCAUCCAGCGUGGCUGGAGGAAAUGGAAGGCAAAAGCGGCCGCGUUGGCAGCAGCAGAGCUGGAUGAGGGGGAAGGAAAGUUCCCAGCUCCUGGAGCUACCUUGGCCAAAGCUCCCUGUUCUUUGGACACAACGUGGCCUCUGGAGGCAGUUGUGCAGCUCUGGCCCCUGGGCCUGGCGCUGGCUGCUGCCCCUGUCAGUGUGCUGGGGCUGCGGCGGGCGCUGGCGCUGCUCAGCUGCCUCAGGGGACUGCAGGAGGGCUCCAGGGAGGACCUGGGCUGCGGCAUCGCCUCCAUCAGAGCCCUCCCACAGGGCUCUGUCAAGUUCCACUGCAGGAGGUCCCCCCUGCAUUUUGCCAACGUCAGCCCCCACACCAAGGCGUUUUCAGUCACAGGAUUCAACCAGAUCCUGCUGGACAGAGAGGAGCUGCUGCCCACUUAGCUCUGCCCCCUGAGCUCUGCCCCCUGGCCUUGCCCUCCAGGGAGAGCUCUCUGCAAGCUGCUGCUUUCAAAUCACUCAGCAUCCACUUCUGCUGCUACCUCAGAGCUUCCACAGCGCUGCCUCGCACGUACAACGUGAUGGCUAAUUCAGCAUAACACACGUGAUAAUAAUACACAUUAAAUUAACUUCAGAGUGUGUGGGGGCAGCUCCUCCCCCCUACACUUUACAGGAAAUAUCAACACUAUGGGAACAAAUCAAUUCCAACAGAUCAGGUGCUUGAAGCAAUGAAUACUUGAACUGAAUGCUGCUGGCACUGCCUGUGUGAGCCAGAGGCUGCCUGUCAGAGAGCAAAUAAUGCAAAUAAAUAUUCCUGAUUCCUGCUGGAUUCUCAGAGGUGCAACCGUCCUGACCGACCACGAGUGUCCCCAAGGGAGUGAGGAGCAGCCAGCUGCAGCACUAAGGGCAGAUGUCUCAGGGAAAAGCAAGGCUGGGCUCUUGUUUUUAUCUACAGGACCAAAAUUUGUGAGCUCUCACAGCUGCCAGGUGUCUGCAGAGCUCCCCAAACAGCACCACCCUGCCCAGGGGUGCUCUGUACCCUCCCUUUGUUGCUCAUGGAUCUUGAAAC